AUGGAUGAAUUAAACCACACGACAGACACUUCCGGUGCUGAUAGUGAGGGAACGAGCGGUACAUAUCAACACUACGAGGAAAGGGCUAUCGAUGUCAACACAGAGGCUGUCGGAGCGGUUGGACCGGUGGUCACCAAUGAAGAGGUGUCGGACAUAAAGGCAGACAAUACUGAUCACGCGAUUGAGGGCACAGACAAGUUUGAAUGCUAUUGUUGUAAAGCACCGGCCGAUACAGUAGUGUUGCCACCAAUAGUUUCAGUAGUACCGCAACAGACACCCGACCCGUCCCAACCUCGUGGCAUUAAAGGACCCAGACCACUGGUGGGUGUGGGCAACCUAUGGGAGCUGCUGUUUGAGCCGAUGGCCGAUCUGGAAGAGAGGCGCUUUCAGAAAUAUGGCAAAAUAUAUGGGGUGUUCGAGGGCAGCCGACCCAUACUGAAAGUGGGCGAACCGGAACUCAUUAAACAAAUUCUGGUCAAAGACUUUAACAUAUUUCAGACGCGACGCGAGAUCUCUAACGCCAAACACCCGAUCGUCGACGUCAUUGUCGGCCUUCGUAGCGACGAGUGGAAGCGCAUGCGCACCACAGCCGCGCCCACCACUUCCGGUCAACUGAGACGGGCCUAUACACUGGUGGACGAGUCGGCCGACCGACUAAUGACCGCAUUGGCCGCCCAAACGGACACCGGAGCGGUCGAGUUGGACCUAAAACACUGGUUUGGCUGCUAUGCCAUCGAUGUGGUGGCCAACUGUCUGUUUGGUACGGAUACCAACGCCUACCAGAACCCACGGGACCCGUUCCUGACCAACGCCCGACUCAUAUUCACGCCACCAUGGUGGAAAACGCUAGUGACCCUACUGGCGCCUCCCUGGGCGCUAAAAGUGGUGGGCAUUGACUCGGAGACGAACCGGGAGGCGGUCGAGUUUUUCCACCGUAUCGGUCAAGAGCUCGUUAAACGGGGCAAACGGGACGACAUACUGAACCCGACCGAACUCAUGUCGCAAUUGUUUGCGACACUAAACGGCGGUUUCGACGGCAACUCCACUGCACUGACGUUCGCCGCACACGAGUUGGCCCUCAAUCAGGACGUGCAGAGUCGGCUCCGGGACGAGUUGGUCACACUGUCAGCCCGGGAACAGUUGGCCGACACCGGGAAAGUAGGAGGGGAAGGGGAGGCCGAUGAGGGGCGCGAACACGAUUAUGAUCGUUUAGUAAAGUUACCCUAUUUAGACGCGGUGUUGAGCGAAACCCUGCGCCUACACGCGCACGGUUUGCGCCCCUCCCGAGUGCCCAGCGAGGACUACCGCCUGCCCGGCACUGACAUCACUGUCGAGAAAGGGCUGGCCGUCGAGUUCCCGAUGUACGCCAUGCACCGGUGCCCAGACCUGUACCCGCGGGCCGAUCGCUUUUGGCCAGAUAGGUUUUUGCCCGAGAAUCGAGCUCAAUUGCCCGAAUACGGGUUUAUGCCCUUUGGUCACGGACCCCGGGCUUGUGUUGGCCAACGUUUUGCUGAAAUGGCUAUCAAGAUUGCCCUGGUUCGCAUUGUGACCCGGUUCAGACUGGUUACAGGUGGCCGCACCCGAGUGCCCCUUCCUGUCAACAAAUAUGUGCGGUUUAAUUCACCCGUUGAGGCGUGGGUUACCCUCGAGAGUAUCGAGUAG